AUGGUUCGAUGGCUUGCUGAGCGUUCGAAAGCUGGCAAGGACUCUUUGUACUCACUGGGGGUUGGCGAAGCGGAACGCUUGCGCAACGAGAUCCGCGAGCUUCAGGACGAGAUCAAAGUCCUUUCGGACAAGGUGGGUGAUGCCAAAGCCAAGGGUGAAGAAAAGAAGGAAGAGACAGAGAAGAAGGAAGAGACCGAGGCACCGCAGGAUUCCCCUGGGGAGAAGGAAGAAAAAGAAGAAAAAACGGAGGGAGCUGGUGGCAAGGAGGAGGGCGAGGAAGCAGAGGAGGAGGAGGAGAAGGAGGAUAAGAAGAACAAUGACGACGAGAGCGAGGAGGAGGAUGACUUCGGAGACGACGAUGAGGAUGACGUGGACGAUGACUGGAAGCCGCCGACCGCGUACAUGAAGAAGGGACAGCGAGGAUCCGUGUCCGCGGAGGCCUACGGCGCCUUCAAUCAGAAGCAGGCCUUCGAGCCGCCGGUCUACGAGAAAUCAUCCGAGCAGGAAGAGCGCAUCAACGCCGUCUUGUCCAAGAGCUUCCUCUUCAAUGCUCUGAGCAAGGACGACCUCAAGGUCAUCCUUGGAGCCUUCUUGGAGAAGAAGAUCUCUGCCGGUGACCGCAUCAUUCAGGAAGGAGAUGACGGAGAUGUCAUGUUCCUCAUCGAGUCAGGGGCCUUUGACUGCAUCAAGAAGAUCGAUGGUGUGGACAAGGUCGUCAAGAAGUGUGGUCAGGGCGACGUCUUCGGUGAGCUGGCCUUGCUUUACAAUUGCCCUCGUGCUGCGUCAGUGGAAGCCACAGAGGAAGCUGUUGUGUGGCAGCUCGAUCGUGAGACUUUCAGCCACAUUGUUCGAGAUGCGUCCGCAAAGCGGCGCGACAAUUUCAUGGACUUUUUGAAGACCGUGCCCUUGUUCAAGCCUCUGGAAAGCUACGACCUGAUGCAGCUUGCCGACUGCCUUCAGCAGCAGACGCUGGAGGCGGGCGAGACCAUCCUCAAGCAGGGGGAUCCGGGAGACACCUUCUACCUCGUGGAGGACGGAGAUCUUGUGGCCACAAAGACGCGGGAUGGUGGCAGCCAGGAGGAAGUGCAUCACUACAAGCGCGGCGACUACUUUGGGGAGCUGGCGCUGCUGAAGAACGAGCCCCGUGCGGCAACCGUCUCGGCAAAGACGGAAUCCAAGGUUUGCAAGAUCGACCGCAAGUCCUUCAAGAACAUAUUGGGACAGCUCGAGGCUCAGUUCAAGGAGGCCGCCCAAAAGUACAAGCCCUGA